CCUGGCCGGGCCUCGCAGCGUGCAGGUGUAGUUCUGGAGACGCUGUUGGCGACCCCCUUCCCAUUCACAUCUCCGGGGUCUCGAAUCCCAGCUUCCCGAUCACCCCUCGAGUGACCGGUUCAGCCGCGCCACCCACUCUUCAUGCAGAAGCAAAAGGAAAUUUUCAAAGAUUUGGAGAAUCGUACAGGCCGGGGUUCGAAACCCGUGUCUGCCACUUCCUCCGCCGUUUCUUUGAGCGAAUGCUUUAUGCUCCACUGAAUUUCCGUAAGAAAUGCUAUGUGUUCGGCUGCGCAUAGAGGCUAUCACUUAAUCCCAUCACUCAGAACCGGAAGGCUAAGAGAAGGCAAUGUGGCCUGAAGUAGGAGGCAUACUGCGGGGGACCUGUAAACAGCUGGGCCGGAAUGUUGGGCUGCCAUGUGCAGCCCUGGGGCCUAGGCCCCACUGGUGGGGACCACCGGGGGGGUCUUGGGCCCAAAAGCUGCAUGAGGAUGGGCCUGGCAGAGGCCUGAGUGAAGAGGAUAUUCAUAGGGCACGGGAGGCCUGUCCCAAGAAGAUGCCUCGGCCCCAGCUGAGUGAUCGCUCUCGGGAACGCAAGGUGCCUGCCUCCCGCAUCAGCCGCCUGGCCAGCUUUGGGGGACUGGCUGUGGGCUUGGGGCUGGGAGCACUGGCCGAGGUAGCCAAGAAGUCCCUGCCUGGAGGAAGUCUUCAGUCAGAGGACGGCUCUAGGCCUGGCUCCAACCCUUUCCUGUCCGAGGCCAAUGCGGAGCGGAUUGUGCAGACCUUGUGUACUGUUCGGGGGGCCGCCCUCAAGGUUGGCCAAAUGCUCAGCAUCCAGGACAACAGUCUCAUCAGCCCCCAACUACAACACAUCUUCGAGCGGGUCCGCCAGAGCGCCGACUUCAUGCCCCGCUGGCAGAUGCUGAGAGUUCUGGAAGAAGAGCUGGGCAGGGACUGGCAGACCAAGGUGGCCUUCCUGGAGGAGGUGCCCUUUGCCGCUGCCUCAAUCGGGCAGGUGCACCAGGGUAUGCUGAGGAAUGGGACAGAAGUGGCUGUGAAGAUUCAGUACCCUGGUGUCGCCCAGAGCAUCCAGAGUGACGUGCAGAACCUGCUGGCUGUGCUGAAGAUGAGCACAGCCCUGCCCGAGGGCUUGUUUGCCGAACAGAGCCUGCAGAGCCUGCAGCAGGAACUGGCCUGGGAGUGCGACUACCGUCGGGAGGCGGCGUGUGCCCAGAACUUCCGGCAGCUGUUGACAGAUGACCCCUUCUUCCGGGUGCCAGCUGUGGUGAAGGAGCUGUGCACCAGGCGGGUGCUGGCCAUGGAGCUGGCUGGAGGUGUCCCUCUGGAUCAGUGCCAGGGCCUGAGCCAGGACAUCCGGAACCAGAUUUGUUUCCAGCUCCUGAGGCUGUGUCUGCGGGAACUGUUUGAGUUCAGAUUCAUGCAGACAGACCCCAACUGGGCCAAUUUCCUGUACGAUGCCUCCAGCCACCAGGUGACCCUGCUGGACUUUGGUGCAAGCCGGGAAUUUGGGACCGAGUUCACAGAUCAUUACAUCGAGGUGGUGAAGGCUGCAGCUGAUGGAGACAGAGACCGUGUCCUGCAGAAAUCCCGGGACUUAAAAUUCCUCACAGGCUUUGAAACCAAGGCAUUCUCCAAUGCCCACGUGGAAGCAGUGAUGAUCCUGGGAGAGCCCUUUGCUGCCCCUGGCCCCUACAAUUUUGGGGCAGGUGACACAGCACGCCGGAUCCAGGGCCUCAUCCCUGUGCUCCUGCAGCACCGGCUGCGCCCGCCACCGGAAGAAACCUACGCCCUCCACCGCAAGCUGGCAGGGGCCUUCCUGGCCUGCUCCCGCCUCCAAGCCCACAUAGCCUGCAGGGACCUCUUCCAUGACAUCUACCACCGCUACUGGGCCAGGCACCACGCACAGCCACUGGCCCCAAGCUCCUGACCAGAGCAGACCUCUCUUGGGAUCUAUGACAGCCUCCAUGCUGGGGAACAGCACCAUAGUAGGGUCACCCACUGCUACGCCUCUUCUCCCUUCCCCCUUUGUCCUGGUCAAAGAGCACCCCUCCCCCUGGAAAUACACACCCCUCUUAACCCUGAAGCUCAGGAACUUUGGGGGCUAGAGAGCACCCAGAUUAGCUCCUCCCACUCCAAAGUUGGCAUCCGGGAACUCCAAGCCAGGGAGCCAGUUAACGGAUUUCUGCCACCAUCUGAGGGAGCCCUGCGUCCCCCUGCAUGCCUUCAGCUCUCCCACCAUCCGGCGUGGAAAGGGAAGAUAGGGGUUGGCAGAGGCGCCCCUUACCUUAGCCUCCCAAACUCCUCCAGCUGCCCGCUCCCCGGGCUCCAGCCUGUGUAUUGGGGGGGGGAGUGGGAUGGGGGUCUGCACCUUCCCUCCGAAUAAAGGCGCCCCUCCCCUUC